AUGUUUUUCGAGAAGAGGAGGAUGGUUGCGACGGGAUUGGCGUCGACGGGCGCGAGCGUGGCAGGUAUUGCGUACACGCUUUCUAUGCGCGCGCUGUUCACGAGUGUGGGGUUUGCGUGGGCGGUGAGGAUUUUUGCAGUCAUCAUUUUGGCUACGAAUGCUGUGGCUUUUGCGGUCAUGAGGCUUCAGGCGCAGUAUGGAUCCAAGGGGUCGGGCUUUGGGUUCCAUCACUUCAAGGACCUGCCGUACUCGGUGUUUGUCGGUGCGUUCACGCUGUUCGUCGCGUCGAGCUUCGUGCCGUUCUUCUUCAUUCAGGAUUACGCGCUGCAGCUCGGUGUGUCGAAGGAAAUGGCGUUCAACCUGUUGAGCAUCAUGAACGCGGCGAACAUCUUUGGCCGGUUCGUGCCGAAUUUCAUUGCGGAUCGAUAUGGCGGCGUCAACACUCUGAUCCCGCUUAGUAUCGCUUGCAUUAUAACGCUUGCCUGCCUUCCGCUGGCACAGACACAGAGCUCGCUCAUUGCGAUCAGCGUCGUGUAUGGAUUUCUAUCGGGUGGCGUCAUCAUCAUCCCUGGACCUACGAUUACCGAACUUUCACCCACCAAUACUGAGAUUGGCGUACGGUUGGGUCUCGCCUAUUUAGUUGCUUCUUUUGGCGGCCUGCUUGGAAAUCCUCUCACGAGCCUGAUCAAGGGGGAUAGCAAGAACGCGGUUCAGAACUUCAACGGCGUAUGGUUUUGCGCUGCGGCAGUCAUGGCUGUGGCUGCAGUGGCGCUGGUUGCGACAAGAUGGCUGAAGCUGGGGUCGGCGUUGGCAGUUGGACGUGUCUGA